AACAGGAAAAUAUGAAACCUUCCCAAUUAUUGCUGCCUGUGUCCUUUUUUUCGGUGGUGGCGGCGCGUGUGCAAAGACUUCCUUUUGUAACGUAUAUAAAACAAAGAGAACAGAGAAAGCAACAGAUCUAAAGGCGAGAAACGAAAACUUUGAAGCCAGUCCCGCAGGAUGAGCCCGGCUGCACGUGGGCGAAAAGUCCAAGGAGAGGAUAUCAGCGGGAUCUGGUGAUGAUCGGCUCUCGUUCAAGGUUUGCCAGGCUGGCCCUGAAAACGAUGCUUCUUCCGCUGUAUUCAGGAACGCCGGAUCGUACCCAAAGUGCCUGAAGUUCUCGUCCCUUUCGCCCAACUCUCCAAUGCUGCUCGGGUCUUUCCCUCCUGGCAAUAGCUGUCAACGUUUUCCCUUUUUUAAGGGAAAUUCCCUUAUUCCGAAUAGGAUUCCUCGCAAUAAAAGGGAAAAUCUGACAGCUAUGCCUCCUGGCUCCAUUCCGGGGGCGGCUGCCACGUGUCUCCCGAGACGGAUCCGCGCCCCAUCCUGAGCUUGGCAGGUCCAGUCCCAUCCCGGCACAGAUGUCAAAGCGCCCUUGCCAAAGUCAGCCCCAAGGCAGGGUGCUGCCGGGUGUCCCUGCGUGAGACCCUGUCCCUGGAGACGGGGGCUGGGCAGAGGUCGCUGCCUCCACCCUCCUCUCGUCCCCGACUGAUAAGGAAGUCUUAUCUCCCCACCUGAGCAGACAGCCCCGGUCAGGGUGCAAAGGGAGGCCGGGGAAGGACGCGGCCGCUGCAGGAGCGCCAGGGUGCCGGGCAUGGGGGCCACGGGGUGGACUCGCACCCGUCUCUGCCGCCUGGCCUGCCCCGUGGGGGUCUUCUUCCUCCUCCUCCUCUGCUUCUCCAGCCUCCGCCUCCCAGAUCUGCCGAACUCCACCUGCGUUUGGGGGGUCCGUCCGUGCCGCUGGUUUGGGGGGACGCCGCCCAGCAAGGAGGAUGCAGAGAGGAAGCCCCCUCCUUCCGCCUCGCCCCCUUCUGCCGCCACCGGGGCCGCCCUCCUCCUGCAGACCCUAUCCGAGCCCCAGGACCUGGGUGAGGGCUUCCGAAUCGUGCGUCUGCAGAGGGCCUUCGCUGCCAGCCUCACACCCAGCGGGCAAAUCCUCAUCCGGGAAUACCUCAGCGGCUGGAAAGAGCUGAUCAAGCUCAUGGACUCGCUGGGCGCCGCCUUCGGCCUGAUCUCCGGCGAGACGCGCACCAAGAUCGCCAUCCUGCAGGAGAACCAGCGCGGCCCCCACGGAGCCCACUACCGCACCCUCCAGUCCAUGGUGCGCUUCGAGCUGGCCCGGGGGCUGGUGGGCUUCCAGUCCCUGCCGGCCAGCCGGCCCCCAUCCGGCUGCCGGACCUUCCUGCGCCUCCACCGGGCCUUGAAGUGGCUGGAGCUCUUUCUGCGCAAGCUGGGGACCAGCCCGGUGGACGCGGACCCCUCCCGCAUGUGCGCCGACGCCUACCAGGAAGCCCUGGCGCCCUAUCACAGCUGGUGGGUGCGCCAGGCGGCCGCCCUGGCUUUCCUGGCCAUGCCCUCCCGCCGCGAACUCUACCGCAUCCUGAGCGCCGGAGGGGGCGAGGAGGGCAGGGGCCCCCGCAGGCUCCUGGACACCGUCCGCAGCAUCGCCCACGUCUACAACGCCACCCAGGAGCUGUAUGCCGCGCACGGGAUGCUGGCGCUGCCCUGAGGCCUCGGCUGACGGCGCCGCCAGAGGAGGGGCCCCAAGGGGGGGGGCAGCAGCAGCAGCGGGUCCCUUCCCUGGCAGCGCCUCUGCGCCCAGUCCCAGGGGGACCAAGGCUGGGAGCGCCAGGCGAGGCGACGCUGCACUGCCUUCCGGCUCCAGGGUUCCUUGGGAGGUUUCGAGCAGAGCUUGGGGGGCCGCCUGCCAGGAAUGCUUCAGCUGCGAUGCCUGCAUUGUAGGGGGUGGGACUAGAUGGCCCCUGGGGGUCCCUCCCGACUCUGCUGUGCCAGGAUUAUUUGGUGGACGCCUGGGGGAGGGGGUUUUGGCGGGAAGCGCCAGCCUCGCAGCCCUUGCUCAGUCCCCUAAUGCAGCUGCUGACCAGGGAGCAGAAUGAAGCCAACAUGUUUUUGUGAAGGGGACGACCUUAGAGGGGGAGUUAGGUGCUCGUGGCUCCCUCUGCUGGCUGCUCGGAGCUCUGCACCUGCAAGCUCCGCUUCCGCCGCCUAGAAGCCCAGGUUUGAGGGGCAAAUACGGAAGACUGAUAAAAAAUAAAAGUAUUCCUCACCUGU